ACGUUUCCAUCACUGCAACCAAACAGAGGAUAUAUCUUCUCUCGUUACCAUAAACCCCAUUCUCUUCCUCACAAAACCUCUUAGUCCACUGUGAAUCUUGCUCGCAUAAAGAUUUUACAUCAUUUCCUUGUCGGAAUCCCUUCGAUAUUCUUGGCCCAUUCUUGCCUUUCUGGGGACUUGAGGAUUCAUCUCGAAGGGCAUUCCAUUCCAUUUGCAGCUGGUAGCUGAACUAUGACCAAUGCAUGUAUUGCUAGAUUCAGUGGCAUCCAUAAAGCAGCAUUGCCACUUCCUCAGAGAGGGAAGUUUCGUAUAGAAUUUAUAAGAAACUAUUCGACCUGUGCUUCACCGUUUGUCUGUUCAUCAACACCUCUGCUUUAUCCUCCGUCUUCGUUUGUGUUAAAUGCCCAGCUUGCAGCAUCAGAUGCUCCCCAACGCUCUGAUGAAUGGUUUGCUCUCCGCAAGGACAGGCUAACAACUAGUACCUUCAGCACUGCACUGGGAUUCUGGAAAGGCAACCGUCGGUAUGAGCUGUGGCAUGAAAAAGUAUAUGCUCCAGAUGUACAAGUAACAGAGGGCACUAAGAAAGGUGCCAUGGAAUGGGGAGUUCUUAACGAAGCUGCAGCUAUAGAGCGAUACAAAAGCAUUACGGGUCGUGAUGUGAGUUCAUUAGGUUUUGCAAUUCACUCAGAGGAACGAUUUGAUUGGAUAGGAGCUUCUCCAGAUGGACUACUUGGAUGCUUUCCAGGAGGCGGAAUUCUAGAAGUAAAAUGUCCUUUCAACAAAGGAAAACCAGAGACGAUGUUGCCAUGGUCAACUAUGCCGUUUUAUUACAUGCCUCAGGUGCAAGGUCAAAUGGAGGUAAUGAACAGAGAUUGGGUAGAUUUAUACUGCUGGACUCCUAAUGGAAGCACUAUAUUUCGUGUCUGUAGAGAACGUAGUUAUUGGGAAUUGAUACAUGGGAUUUUGCGAGAGUUUUGGUGGGAAAAUGUGGUUCCAGCAAGGGAAGCACUUCUCUUGGGAAGGGAGGAAGAAGUCAAAUCAUUCAAACCGACAUCAACACACAAAUUAACAGGGCUUGUAAUAGUUAAAAGCAUGAAAUUGGCAGGGCAAGCAAAGUUGCUGUGCAGGGAGAUUGCUGGCCAUGUGGAGUUUUACCGUUAAGGGGCUCUAGGUGACAGAAGAAAAUCAAUCCCUUAAGGAUAGGAAUCUUGUCUGGCAAAUGCGAGGAAGUUGAAGAAGAAAGGAAUUAGGAAUUGAGGGAAUAUCAAAAGGAAAAUGGACAUAUACAACUCCAACGGGCUGUCGUGGGCGGAUCAAUGGGACCCUGAACCUCUGCCAUCCGAGAGAGAGUAUGAGAAAAAGGGAAAACAUGGUUCAGACAAGACCAAGUCAAUGAAGAAAAUUCUCAGCCUCAAAUGGAUGAAGAACAUCUGCAAGAAAUCAAAGAACAACCCAGACAAGGUUUAGAUUUCAUGAGAUGGGCUGCCCCCUCCAAAUUUCUUUUUCUCUUCAGCAUUAAGCCUUUGUAACUUGAUUGCAUCUGUGUGUUGUGUGGUGAGUUUUAUGUUGUCUACAGAUGCUGCAGCUUUUAUGUAUUCUUCAUCUUGUUAGUAUGAUUUUAGCAGACAGAAAAUAUCUGUCUGUAAGGAGACAAUCUUAAAUGUUUGUUGUUCUGUUAAUUACUCUAUUUAUUGGAUGAUUGUUUGGUAA